AUUUCGAUUUUCUUAGGUUUUCGACGUUUGAAACGUAUGUAAUCUAAGAAAUGAAUUUUGCAAAAAAAAAUUCGAAUAAUAGAUACUUAUAUAAUUAUUUCAUACAAAAUGAUUUGUCUAAUACUGAAAUAUGUGUCUAUAAAUAUAUAAUUCACUAUUUUGAAGAAUUACGCUUGUGAUGGUGUACUAUACAAUAAUUAAACAAAGAUGGUUUCGACGUUGAAUCUUAGUGAAAAAUACAACCGAGUUAGAAGAAACUUUUGUUUCUAUUUGGAUGUACAAGAUCAAGGGCUUGCUAGAUCUAUAUCACGAAGGAUACAAGAUAUGGGUAUGCAACAGGAAGUGUUGUUGACGUCGCGAGUGACCCACGUGGUGCGAGACGUCCCGAGCGCUGGUGGCGGCGGAGCGGAGGCGGGGGGCGCGGUCCCGGCGCGAUGGCGGCGCUGCCGUGACGCGGCCCGGGCGCGAGCUGAUGCCAUGCUCCAGAGGGUGCGCCCUCACAUUCACCCACUUCCGCACGCGCCACCCGCGCACAACCACAACUACGUUCUCCUCACAGUACAGAAGGCUAUAAAUCUAUUGGAUAAACUGUACACAUUCUUCACGGCGCCGCGUAUAGCGCAUGUCAGGUUCUUCACUAAACCUUUUAUCAAGAUUGAAUUUUUGGACAAAAUAUGUAAACCGAUUUUCAAGGAGUUUGAUGAAUGGCCUGAAAUAUUAGAAUCAGACUUGCCCAAAGAGAAGAAAGAGAAAAUAGAAUCAUCGGAAAUACUGUUAAGUAAAAAUAGCACUACACAUCAGAAAAUGACGAGGAAAAGUCGACCACGUAUCAAGGAGAGGGAAGAAAAGGAAGUGAAGGGAGGUUACUGUGAGAUGUGCAAUACUGACUACGUGGAUGCAGCGCUACAUCGACGCUCGCCACAUCACUUGGCGUUCGUCAGGGAUCACACUAACUUCCUUGCACUAGACUCAUUAAUAAGUUCCGGUGCCGACGUAACCACAUUCCUGGAUAAAGCAACGCCAAUUAACGGUGAAAGGAGGUCCUUGCGAAAAAUAUGCAACGGAGACAUGGAUCAGCCAAAAAAUAGGCGUUCAAAACGAUCUCAAACACCAGAUUCAAAUACAAAUGGAAACCAAAGUCCUAGGCGCAACGGAGGAUUAGAUGAUGAAAAGAAACACAACACGAGAUGUAGUAAAAGAUGCAACGACGCCCAAACGGAAGAUCGCCAGUACUACAAAGUUGUUGGUGUAAGCACAAAGCUUAGAUCCAGCGGCGGGUUUACAAACAAAAGAAAGGAUUCAUCUCCUAAUUGUAAUGGUGCCAAACCUCUAGUUGUGAAGUUUAGAAAAGUGAGACGGUCAGAAUUGUCAGUACUAAGUGAUGAGGCAGAGCAAUUCAUGUUUCCAAAACGUGCCAGUUCAACAAGCUCAACGUCAUCAGAUGAUGAGGAUAAAGUUCUAAGUCCUAAAAGAAAAACGCCGCCUCAACCACCCCCACCACCACCACCUAUGACUGAGAGGCGAAGGUUGGCGCGACCAUUAGCACUAAAAGAGGAAUCCUCCGAAGAAGAUAGUUGGCCAGAAGAUAAGAGGAGACGCAAAAGAAAGGCGCCAGUUGUAGCGAAAAGAAGCAGAAGAGUGCCCUGCAAAGUAGCAGUUACACCUUCUGUAGAACUUGCAGAAGAACAAUUACCACCUGUUGUUGAACCAGCUCUGGCUCCUGAACUACCUGAAGGUGAAGUCGUAAGUCCUUUACGGGAGGAACCCUCAGAGAAAUGUAUGAAGUGGGAGGACGGUAGACUGAAAUACACUCCAGCUGUGGAACAAUUGGAGUUUGCAUUUGAAUCUGUACCCCAUAGUGAGCCUUGGUUUGAAACUUUCAAACGACAAGACGAAGAUAAAGUUCUAAUUAAAAAUAUACCACAAUAUUUUGCUUUAUACUCAAAAUCACCAAAGUUACCAUAUGAAGUUGGUCAGUUACCACCUUUAAAACCUAACUGCUGCUCACUAAGUGAUCUCGUUAAACGAGAAGAGAAACCUGGACCAUCAAGGUUAUAUGGGACUCGAGGGAUGAAGAAGCAAAGAAUUCGGAAACGAACUGCGGCAAUUUUAGCAUUAGAGGGCCACCCAAGAAAAUCUCCUAGAGAACACGCAUCCACAUUAGCCAUACUGGGCUCAGCUGGCUUAUUGCACAGACGAAAACAUCCCGACGAUACAAAAUCGACAGCAUCGGAAGACACAAUUAGUGAUAUACAAAGCAACCUAAAAGUUGAGCCAGUUUUAUCAGAAUCACAGGAAGCAUCGGAGAGACUUCAACAGUUUUUGUCUGAAGUUUUCGAGGAUGUCGCCGAUUUUGAAUUAUCAGAUGGAGCCGUGGAAGGCGAAACUGCGGUCACCACGUCCACGAAUAUUCCCGAUGUGUCCAGUUUAGUUCUCGAAUGUCAAGACUGCGAUAUAAUAAGGAACGAGAUCAAGGAGGGGGAGGUGGAUCGGGCGAGGUCGAGACGGGGCAGAUUCAAGAAGAAGAAUAGAACAGGAUGGCCAAGUAAAAAGAAGCAGACAAAGAAAACUUCCAGGGGGAACAGCGCCGACGUCGAGCGGAAGACCGACAGCAGCCUAGAUCGGUCGUCCGCGGAGCCGCCCGACGACGAGACCACCCGCGACACGCUCAGCGAGGAGGACCCAAACCUGUCGGAAACCGAGAGAGACGACGUAACGCUAACGGAGGACAGGGCGAAGCCGCGCGAGGUCGACACCAGUGUCGCGCGGGACAAACUCAGGUCCGACGACGACUCGCAGGACAAGAGCGAAGCCACAGACGUCGACUUGUCACCGGAGCGAGUUAAAAACGAUAAGAACAUACAUAUGGAUCUAAAGCUAUUUCUCCGGGACGACAAGUCGAAGUCAAAAGCUGAAAAGGACGAGAAGCGAACGUCGCGGCCCUCGGUGUCCGAGGACGAGAGGGAGGUUCGGAAGAAGAAGCGGGCGCUGCAGGGGCUGGGCGGCUGGCUGCAGCCCGUGGUGCGCGUGGCGCGCGUGGACCCGGGCGCGGCGCGACGGCUGCGCUCGGCCGCCGCCGCCGCCGCCGCCGCCGCCGCCGCCGCCGCCGCCGCCGCCGCCGCCGCGCCCGCCGCCGCGCCCGCCGCCGCCGCCGCCGCCGCAGCGGCCUCGCGCCGCGCCAGCCGCCCGCGGUAGCCUCCGCUCCCCUCGGCUCCGCGUCGUAAUCCAGCGUGACCACUACCAUUAGGCUAAGCGUAUGCCGAGACGCAGUCGAAGCAGCGCUCGCUGCGCAAGCCGCGAUAGAUUUUAACAUAGUAACAAGAUAAAUUACGAUGUGACACGAACUUAUGUAGCCACCAACAAAAUAGACAUUUAUACCAUUCUUUGCGUAUCGUAGCCCCGUCAUAGAUAGCGCGAUACGUGCGCAUCGAUUUUUUUUUAUGAUAAAUGCCAUUUUUAUUUUAACAGCAAUUAGUCAAAGACUGUGAACAUCCUGAGAUGUUGUUUGCAAGUAAAUAACUAUAUUUAUUGCGUCGCAGCAUACGCUUAGCCCCACUGUUGAUAUUUAUUUUAUACAUAUUAUCUCAGUUUUAUAUUAAUAUAAAAUAUUUCAUUUCCACAUAAAGUGAACGUUGUGUGCGGAUGGAACAGUAUUUAAGUUAAUUUUUGUUAUUCGAAAGUAAUAUAUGUCGAGGCUCCACCCUUCGGAUUGUAAGCGAUGUAAAUAGUAUUGUACCAUACUAUAUUUAGAGUCGGAUGGCAUGUUGUGUGUGCAAGUGAAGUGCAUUUAGAUGUUGCGAGCUUAGUCUGUAUAUAAAUGUUAAUGUAUGCUUAGUGAGUACUGUUCUUUUAUUUCUACGAGAUGAAAUUUGUGUCAUAUAAAGUUUCAUCUUUAAAACUUGUAUAAAUAAUUAUUCUAA